AUGGAGGAAGACACACGACCUAUUCAGGAGGCGCUAGCAACACUGAUGGGUUGGCGUAUAGAUAACGACGAUGCAUCAGCAGCAGGGCAGCAGCAGCAGCAGCAGCAGCAGCAGCAGCAGCUGCAGCAGCAGCUGCAGCAGCAAUUACAGCAGCAACUGCAGCAGCAACUGCAGCAGCAACAGCUACAACUGCAGCAGCAGCAACAGCUGCAGCAGCAGCAGCAGCUAGCUACUGUUAAAGACGCCCUCUUAUCCAUCAGGGAGCGGCUGCUGCUUUCACAGGCGAGACAGCAGCAGCAGCAGCAGCAGCAGCAGCAGCAACAGCAACAAAAACAGCAGCAGCAGCUGCUGCAGCAGCAAAAACAGCAGCCGCUGCAGCAGCAGCAACAACAAAAACAGCAGCAGCUGCUGCUGCAGCAGCUCACAGCGCGAGGCGGGACUGAGGAGCACAAACACAGCAACCGACAGCAGCAGCAGCAGCAGCAGCAGCAGCAGCAACAGCAGCAGCAGCAGCAGCAGCAACAACAGCAGCAGCAGCGUCACCUCGAUCAGCAUCAGCAUCGUCAGGAGCAUCAGCAUCAUUACCAUCAGCAGCAGCAGCAACAACAGCAGCAGCAGCAGCAGCAACCGCAGCAACAGCAGCAGCAGCAGCAGCAGCAGCAGCAGCUGUUGCUGCUGCAGCAGAAACUACAGGAGAAAACAAACCCCUUUCAGGCUGUUGCUAUCAACGCGCAGGAGCUGCAUAAGAUACAGCAGCAGCAGCAGCUGGUUCUGUCUUUGCUUCAUCGUCGGUUGCAGCUAGAGCAGCAGCAGCAGCAGCAGCAGCAGCAGCAGCAGCAGCAACAGCAGCAGCAGCAGCAGCAGCAGCAGGUGCUGAUGCAGAGCAGCAGCCUUACUAAUGCUGGAUUCCUCACACCCAAUAGCAGUAACAGAGGACGCAGCAGCAGCAGCAGCAGCAGCAGCAGCAACAGCAGCAGCUACAGCAGGAGCAGCAACAGCAGCAACAGCAGCAGCAGCAGCAACAGCAGCAGCAACGCGCUAAUAAACCGAAACGAAUUGAAUAACAUAGCAGCAGCAGCAGCACGUCAUGCUAGCAGCAGCAGCAGCAGCAGCAGCAGCAGCAGCGGCUCCACAGCAGCAGCAGCAACACCAGCAGCAGCAGCAGCAGCAGCAGCAGCAGCAGCAGGAAUACAAGACAACGGAGAAUACUCUACGCUGCAGCUGCUGAAAGCAGCAAAACAAAAACCAAAAGUUGAGGGGGUUUGCUUCGAUAGAUUCUUUAGAAGAUGGGUAUGA